AUGAAGUGUAAAAAUUGUCAACUUGACAAGUUAUCUCGUGAAUUUCCAUCUGACACUAUCAGUUAUAAAUGCCAACAUGCUCCCAGUUUUUGUUUAAAGUGUUUAGUAAAUCAUUUGAAUGAUGGUCACCGUCCAAAACAAUGUCCUGAAUGUAAAAAUUCUUUGAAUCAAAAAGAAAUUGAAAUUUUAAAUUUUUCAUGGGACAAGGCUUCUUUCAAGAUUAAUAUCGAUAAUAUUUCAGCACCAAAUGUUAUAAAUAACAAAAAACAACCAAAUACUUCUUCCAUUAAUCUCACCGGAAAUUUCUACGUUGUAAUGUUAGAUGGUCAUAAGAUCCAAUUAAAGUUGGAGAAGAUCAAAACUGUUAUUGCUCUUAAACAAGCGAUAAGUUCAGAAAUUAAAAUCGAAGCCAAUAAACAAAAAUUAAUUUAUAAUGAAGUUGUAUUAGAGGCUUAUCAUCCAAACCAUGUUGAGAAAAAAUUGUCAGACUAUAAUAUUGUAGAAGGAAGUCAUGUACAAUUAAUUGUGUUACUUUACUCAAUCUCAAAAGAUCAAUCACUUAAUAAUUUAACAUUUGAUUUAUUUUGGGGAUUUCCUGGAGGAUUGUGCGAUUAUUUGGAUGGUACUUGUAUGUUGUAUAAUGAUAAAAUAUUUAAUAGAACAUUCGAUUAUGUUUCGAGAAUACAUGUUGAUCUAAAAGAUAUGUCUCAUUCCGGUGACGUGAUGGAUGCUCAUAAUCAAAGAGGUCAUCAUCGUAUAACAGUAAACUUAUCUAGUUUACCAAUAAGUGUAACAAAAUUGUAUUUUAUAUUAUCGUCGUGGAAUUCACCUAAUAUUGGAAGUUUUCCAAAUCCUAGUUUUAAAUUAUAUGAUCCAGAUAAACCUAAUGAACAGUUAUGUAAAUAUGAGAUACGAACCGCGGCAUCUUCACAAGCUGUAAUAAUGUGCGUUGUUGCUAAAAGUAAAAUUGAUAGUACUUGGAAUAUAUAUGAAAUUGGCAAAUUAUCUUCUGGUAAUGCUAAAAAUUAUUCUUCAAUUCAAGCAACAAUAGGCGCAACACAAAUAUGUAUCAAUGCAGCUACCUUGGCUUUAAUAGAUGCUGGUAUACCGAUGUCAGAUUAUGUUUGUGCUUGUUCCGCUGGUUGUAUUGAAGAUGAGCCAAUUUUAGAUUUGAACAAUAUUGAAGAAUCAUGUAAUACGCCAGAAUUGAGUGUAGCUUUAUUACCAAAAUCUGGAAAAGUAGCUUUAUUACAGAUGGAAUCACAUCUUCACGUUGAUAAAUUUGAAUUAGUGAUGGAACAGGCAGCUGUAGGAUGUAAAGAUGUGUAUAACGCAUUGAAUCAAGAAGUUAUACCUACAAUUCCACUUGAUUUUGUGAUUAAUGAAUCACCACGAGAAUUUGCUAUCAACAAUAGAAAAAUGCCUGAUAUAAUUCUUGCUAAUCCAGUUCGAGUUUUAUUUAAACUUUUAAAAGAACAGCUGAAAAAGGAUUUACCUAAAGAUCUAAAGAUUAUACUACAUUUUUUGAGAAAUAAAGAAACAUUACCUGGCUGGUUAAAGCUUAAAGAAAAAUUUGGAUUCAAUUUUGGAGACCAAAAAAAAGAUCAAGAGAAAUCAUGGAUAAAGAAUACGUUAUAUACAUUAACAGAAUUUCACUUGAGGCAAUUUAAUAGAAUAUCAAAGUCGACUUUUGUUACAAAGCGUGAAGUGUUGGAAAGACAAGAAACAAAAUAUCAAGAAAAUUCAAAGAAAGGCCUAAAUCAAAAUAAUCAAGGAAAAAUUUUGUUAAGGAAAGAAUCUGAAAAUCGAUUUGAUGGCAAAUAG